AACGGCGAGUAACCCAUUCAUUUGACAGACACAGCCGUGGACCAAUCAGUGAUCUACUGGUGCUCCCCUCUAACAGACCGAUAGCUACCUGAGUAGUUCCUACAUUGUUUAUGUCACGUAGCUAGCUAGCUAGCUUGCUAACUGACAGCUUCAAGAGUGCUGUUUUCGUACUAACGUUAGCAACACCAAUGCAUACAUUUCUGUCGUAGAAGGUAAAUCUAGAUGUACAGGAUCUGGGAUUGAUCGGUGGCAGGGAUGAGAUGUUUUGUUGAAUGAACGCCUCUGGUGCCGAUAGGAGAAUGAACUCCAUCACCGGUCGGGAUCACCCUGUCCCCGCCGUCUCUGUCAACUCUGGAGCCUCAUCUUCUCGAUCCUUGCACGUUGAGCUCACAUCUCAGCAGAGGCGGUUACGUCAUCUCAGAAGCAUUGCAGCCCGCAACAUCGUCAACAAGAAUGGCUCUCCACUACUGGACACAUAUUUUACCCUUCAUCUCUGCUUACAGGACCGGAUAUCCAGAGACUUUUACAAGAGUGAGGUCAUCCGAGAUUCAUUGAAUCCAACAUGGCGGAGCCUGGACUUUGGCAUGCUGCCGGACCUCCUGGACACGUCUGUGUCCUGCUUCGUGGUGAAGAUAUGGGGCAGUCGGGAGGAACAGUUCACACUACUCAUAGAGUGGAAGGUCAACCUGGACGGGCUUAGAUAUACAGGGCAACAGAUCCGCUCCAGGUAUCCAAAUGAGAUCAUAUUUGGAUUGAAUGAUGGCUACUAUGCAGCUGACUUUGAUCAUAAGGACCACUCUGAGAGGAAGAAGAACAGUUUACUCCAGGUGGACCAGAGUUCAGUGAGGAACUCCUACAGUGUCUUCUCUCUGUUGAGGCUCCACACGGCCCAGAGAGCCAUCAAGCAGACCCAGGUGACCGUGCAGAAGAUCGGGAAGGAGAUCGAGGAGAAACUGAGGACGACAACGGCCUGCACCGAGCGUAAGAAGGAGCGGGAGUGUAUGCAGCUGCGUCUGGGGACGCUACGCAGUGAGCUGGAGAGACAGAGGAAAGCGCUGGGUCGGGAGACAGACCUGCGGCAGAAGGAGAGAGCACUGCUUCAGAAGAAAGAGGAAGCAUUCUCCACCAAACACCAGAGUCUGGAGAUGGAGAGGGAGUCGUUAACAAAGCAGCAGAAAGAAUGCACUGCCAAAAGAGAGCUGUUCCUCAAGUCCAAUGCUCAGCUCACCUUCCGAUGUCGUCAGCUCCUCUCUGAGCUCUCCUACAUCUACCCCAUCGAUGUGGUCACCACGGCCGCUAAUCAGUCCGAUUAUGUCAUCUGUGGAGUGAAGCUGCCCAACUCUGAGGAUUUCCAAGCGAAGGAUGAUGGGAGCGUGGCGGUUGCCCUGGGUUACACGGCCCACCUGGUGCUGAUGAUCAGCUGCUUCCUGCAGAUCCCUCUCAGGUAUCCUGUCAUCCACAAGGGUUCCCGCUCCUCCAUCAAGGACACCAUCACAGACAAGCUCAGCGAGAAGGAGAGAGAAUUCCCCCUGUACCCUCGAGGAGAACGCUUUCAGUUUGAAUAUGGAGUCUACCUGAUCAACAAGAACAUCGCCCAGCUGAGAUACCAGCAUGGCCUGUCCACUCCAGACCUCCGCCAGACCCUGCCCAACCUCAAGAACUUCCUGGAGCAUGGCCUUCUAGUCCAAUGUGACCGGCACCAUGUCUCCAGCUCCAUCCCGGUCCCAACAGGAGCCAAGUCUCAGCUCAAUGUCUCGGCUGCGUCCGAAGUGGGCUUCCCCACCCACACCAGCUCUCCUGACCGGGGCUUGCUGAGGAAAAGGGCCAGCUCCGAGGCAGACAAGCAGAAGUACAAGGCCUCCCCUCCUCCCAGCUACAACACGACCAUGGCCAUGGACCAGCCCCAGAGUGCACCGCCCGACCCCUCCCCCAAGCACUUGUCCUCCUCCCUGGACUUUAGCAUUGACCUGGCCAAGACUCUGGAGGUUCAGGCACAGGCACCAGUCCUUGGGGAGGGAGAGGGAGAUCGAGUGGUAGAGGGAGGUGGAGAAGGAGAGGUAGAAAGCGAGGUAAAGGAGGUUGUGGAGGAGCAAGAGCAACAGCCCUCCAGCACUACUACAGGAGGCUCAGAUUCCCUCACUCCGGCUGGGGGCACCACCAGUGAGCAAGUGGAGGAGGUGGCACCCACCAGCGAGCAGUAUGCAGACCAUACCAUGAACGGCUCAGUAUUGCCAGGCGAGGGGCUGGCGGGGCCCGCAACAGGGCUAACGUUGACCAUGGCAUUAAACCCAGAGAUGUGCUGCUCGGUGGAGCAGGCAGAGGAGAUUAUGGGGACUGAGGCAACAGGCCUGGGUUUAGGGAUGGGCCUGGGGGAUGGGGCCAGGCUGGAGGACUACCCCUGCAUCCCUGUGGAGCACGCCGUGGCCGUGGAGUGUGACGAGCAGGUUCUGGGCGAGCUGGACGCCGCCGGCUUUGAGGAGUUCUCCCGCCGCAUCUAUGCACUAAACGAGAACAUGUCCAGCUUCCGCAGGCCGCGCAAGAACACUGAGAAGUGAGGACAGGUGGGACCUUAGGGGAGGGCUGAGGGGUGAGGACAGGACCGGGCAGGGGUGAGGACAGGACCGGGCAAGGGUGAGGACAGGACCGGGCAAGGGUGAGGACAGGACCGGGCAAGGGUGAGGACAGGACCGGGCAGGGGUGAGGACAGGACCGGGCAGGG